CAAGUUUUGGUGAUUACUAAUUGUCAUAAUGGUCCAGUUCGGUAAUCAAGAAAUGACAGAGAUGGAUUUCGUUAACGGAAUGUCUCUAGGAAGACCCGCAAGGGUAAGAACCAUCCAAAUCGAAGAAGCUGUGCUUAAUAGAAUCGAAGAGGACCCUACACCAAGUACACGAAAAAUUACGCACCAGCUAAAUUUAAAUCAUGUAACGGUAUGGCAAAUUUUGAAGGAUCAGCAACUUUAUCCAUAUCAUAUACAACGUUUACAAGCGCUUGUGCCUCGAGAUUUGCCUAUAAGAGUUGAUUUUUGCAACUGGUUACGUUAAAAAGUAAC